AGCAAAUGUCAGAGUGCUUUAACCUAAGCGCGAAUGUCAACGUGUGGUCAUCAAAAGUCAAAAUAAAUCUUUGAAAAGUUAUAAUAUCCAAACUAUUAUUGAUGUUAUUUUCUUAUUAAACAUGUCGAAAGUUAAUAAAAGGAAACAUGUAAUGAACGAAGCACUGUGGGACGACUAUGAACUGCCUAAAGAAAACCAAAGUAUAGUAAAAGUUGUAAAAAGCAAAGGAAACAACUUACAUGAGAUUUCUACACCAGCCGGCGAAGAAUAUUUAGUUUCGAUGCCUACGAAAUUUAGAAAAAACAUUUGGGUAAAAAGAGGCGAUUACAUUCUCGUUGAACCAAUACCUGAAGGAGAUAAAGUAAAAGCUGAAAUUGUGAAAAUAAUGAAUAAGGACUCAAUUAAAUAUUAUAAAGAGAAUAAUUUAUGGCCAAAAGAAUUUGAGGACAGUAAAAAAGAAACUUCUGAAGAUGGUGAUAUAUUUGUGAAUACUAAUAGGAAACCUGUGUUAACUUACGAAAGUGAUUCUGAUGAUAGUGAUACAAACAGUGACAGUGGGGAAGAAAGCGAUCAAAAUAAAUAGCUGAUAUUUACUACUUUGUUUUCAUAUGCAAACUUCUUGUAUGCUAUUUUUAGUCUCUGAACUACUUUGUUCUGGCAUGGUGUGAGAGACUGUUGUAACUAUGAGAUGAUCAAGUAUAUAAUGACUUGUUUCUGGCAAAUAGUAUUUAUAAUAGAGAAAAAUACUUUUUAUUUACAGUAAUUAGUAAUGGAAAGGUUUGUCUUCAGUCCUCUGUCAUUUAUGCUAAUACAAAAUAUGCUACAAUUGCUUGGAUCAAGCAUAAAGAAUAAUAUUUAUUAUCAUAUUGUUCAAAUAAAUGGUUAGAUAAUAAUGUACCAAGUGUAUGUUGAACCCAUUCUGUAAAUUUAAGUCUAAAUUUACAUUAUUACUAGUAAUUUUUGCCAGCCGUAAAUUUGCUAUGUUAAAUAAAAAUAAAUUACAAUGAAAAAUGAAUAAAUUUAUUUUAAAUAACCGGAAUCAACAACUCAAUAAACAAAAAACAUGAUAUAACAUAUCACAGAAUGUAUAUAACACUUGUUAAAAUUUAUUGUGCAGCUGUUACACUGAUCAACUCUUAAAUUUUAAAUAAAGACUGUUAUGAAAUAAA